UCGAUGUGGGAGGUAGUUAGAGAAAGGACGAAGGAGAGAGAGUUGAGGGUAGAAAAAGAAUGAGAGAGUUGAAUCAUGGCAUUGCCAUUCGCAUGAAGCUCCCAUUCUCAUUCUCAUUCUCUUAUCUCUCAAUCAACCUCAUUCUUCAUUCCCAUAUAUAAUAAAACCUGUCAUUGUAUCUGCCUUUCCACACUCAAUCUCUUGCUUCGUUCCCAAACCUCUUAUUCCCCACAAGUUUCUACAAACCCCUUUUUCAUCAGCUCACAAAACCUUUCUUAGCUUCAACAAAAUGCGAUCCCCUUCUUAAAUUCUGAAGGGUAUUUACUUGGAAUUUCCUUGGGAGUAUAGUGAAUUGUGGUAUUAGGUGGGAAAAUAUGGGGGAUCACUUUGAGUUGUUGGUUGAUCGAUUGCUUACUGAAUCCACAUUAGAAGCUGCGCUUGAAAGCAGGAAUAGGUCAAUGCUGGCUACAUCCUCAGCACUGAAUGAUGCAAAAAUUGAUCUCAAUUUGAAGAAGAUGGGUAUGGAUGAUAUAAAAUGUCCAGGGAAACUGGUAGAAUGCAGGAUUUGUCAUGAUGAUGAUGAAGAUUCCAAUAUGGAGACACCCUGCUCCUGUUGUGGUAGUUUGGAGUACGCCCACCGCAGAUGUAUACAACGAUGGUGUAAUGAGAAGGGUGACACCACCUGUGAAAUAUGCCACCAGCAGUUCAAGCCUGGUUAUACUGCUCCUCCACCACUCUUUCAGUUUGGUCGUAUUCCAAUGAGUUUCAGGGGAAAUUGGGAGAUUUCAAGAAGAGAUUUGAAUAGUACUCAUUUGGUUAGCAUGGUCCCCACAGACCAGAAUCUUACGAGUUCUAACUAUGAUCAGUAUUCAGCCUCUGCUACAGGAAGUUUGAUUUGCUGUCGUUCAAUUGCUGUCAUUUUCAUGGUUCUUCUGAUUUUAAGACACACACUUCCCCUCGUAAUUAGUGGAAAUAAGGAGUAUUCUUUCCCACUCUUUUUGCUGUUAUUAUUUCGGACUGCCGGAGUUGUUCUUCCCAUAUACUUCAUGGUUAGAGCUGUGGCAUUAAUCCAGCGGCAUCGGAGACAGCAUCGAGAGCAUCUUAAUUCCUCAGCCAGUUCAUCUGAUGAUGAAAGCGAGCAAGCAGAUUUACAGCCUCAGCCUCAUGUCAUACAUGUACUGUAAAACUUCUGUAGCCAGUAGCUAUUUGAAAUAUGAAAAGCUCUUGCUUUUAGAUGUUGCUGCACUGUAUCUUGUGAUUUUUAUGAAAAUUGGAUGGAGACAACUUCUCUGAGAAUAUUGAAUUUGCUACGGAUGGCUACACUGAAAUUCAGAUGUGCAACAUGUGUCUCGUAAGAGGGCAUUGCAUGCCAUUUGUAUUACCAAGUCCCUGUAAUAGCUAUUCUUUUGAGAAGUCUUGGCAGCAACAAGUUAUACAUUUAUUAUUGUUU